UCUGGAUGGCCUUGUGGUAAAAUUCUCUCCCUCAUUUCUUAUUAUUCAUCCAGGUCCUCCGACCCCUUUCUCCUACAUCUGUCAUUCUCUUAUAUCUAGUCGUCUGGGGAUCUAUUUCAGAAAAGGGUCCAACUGCUGUUUGGCGAAGACUAUGAGCGGGUCCUCAUAGCCGGGAGUGAUAAUGGAGACCAGCGCCGCCGAAAAACCGUCGAGAGGCCUUGGGGGAGCCAGUACGACGAUCUUUGUUGUCACGCUCGUACUCUUCGUCAUCUCUUUUAUAUCAGUCUGCUUGCGAUGCUUCGUCCGCUUGAGGCUCGUACGGGCCUUUGGGUACGAUGAUGGGUUGAUGAUAUUAGCACUGGCGCUGAAUAUAUGGUUCGCGAUAUGCGGUAUGACGGGUUCUUUCUACGGAUUUGCAAAACGGUUUACUCAGAUCCCCGAGCAAGACAUUCGAACAGCGCUCAUGUGGUGGUGGCUAGGCCAGGUCUCGUAUGUCCUUACAUGCGUGGUGGCCAAGAUAUCGAUCGCGCUUUCCAUCAUGCGCUUGACUGUCAAGAGGGUCCAUUCGAUAGUCCUUUGGGCCGUGAUCAGUGUGACGACCAUCGUGGGACUGGUCUUCUGGUUAAUGUUAACCUUGCAGUGUCGCCCUGUCGCCUUCUUUUGGAACCGGACUGGAAACGGACACUGCUUGUCUUCCGACUCCAUCAUUACCAUGGCCUAUGUCUACAGUGUCGAGGCUGCUGUUUGCGACUUCACUGUGGGAAUUUUGCCCGUCUUUGUCAUCUGGAACCUGCAGAUGAACCGUCGGACCAAGUGGGCCGUGGCAGGAAUCCUGAGUAUGGGUUGUGUCGCCAGCGCUGCGGUGGUUAUCCGCAUUCCUUUCCUUCAUCACUACAAAGAUCCCGACUUUCUACAUGCAACAGCUAGCAUUUCUAUCUGGUCCAAUGUCGAAGCCAGUCUCGGAAUUACUGCUGGCAGUUUGAUCACCCUCCGUCCCCUAUUCCGUUUCUUCCGCGACGGCUCUCUCAGUGGCACUCGGAGUGGGAAGAAAACAAAAGACAGCAUGCAGCUCUCUGAAUUCGGUGCACAUGGACCUACUUCGUCUUUCAAAGGUUACAAGGGGCCCGGUUACUGGCGCCCAGACGUUGAUCCGGAUGAGUCCCAUGUGGUCGUCACCACCGGCAACCCAAGUCGAAGGCAUUAUCGGCAAACCAGCAAGAACAGCAGCCAAGAGGAUUUGAAUCCCAAGGGAGGAGGAGAAGAUUCCCAUGGCGUGGCUGUUCAGAAAACCUUUGUUGUUACUUCUGAUGAACUGGUAUAGGCAUCCGAGGGAGUUUGUUUGGCUUUGAGGGAAUAUGGGUGUACAUUGGACAUAAAAAAAUUAAUUCGGGGCAAAACACAAGAUAUCCAUUCAUGCAGUUACGCUUAUUGAGAACCUGAGCUCUGACAGCCGGUCAAGAAACACUGUGCCCAGCCGCCCAUGUAGUCCAUAUGCACGUUGUAACAGCAGACACGGCAUCCUGGACGAACGGGAAGUCUACACCCAACCAGGAUUGAGCGAUGACAUGGGUCCUAGUGCAUGGUUAUAUCUCGGGCACGCGAAGCUUGGAGAUGAAGAUGCUUAAUUCUCCUAAGAUCGAGCUCUGAAGCUCUAAGCUAUCUAAGCUAUCUAAACUCUCUAUGCGAAGUACUAGACCUAAAGCAGAAGGAGGCAGGCGAUAUCCGCU